AUGUACGACCAUCGAGCAUCGCUCUCCUACGAGGAGAAGAUGGCCCUCAUAGAGGAGCACGGCUUCUCUGACGUUGAGAGCGAGGGUAGCAGCAGCAGCAGCAGCAACCACGUGCCGCCAUACCGCAGCAACAUCUUCUCGGCUUGGUCACGCCCAGCUGCAAAGUCAUCGCUGAGAGUCAAGGAGUGGGCAUCCUCUUUUCGAUUCAACAUCAGCGACGUCCCGACGCCGCCAUUGCCGGCUUGGACGUCCUUUCUCUGGCGGGCGCUGAUCUUCCUGCUCCCGAGCUUCACGCAUCGCCUCUUCCAGCGAACACCCCUCUCGUCCGACCGAAUCCCAAGGAAACCGGGCCCCACCGCCUACCUCGACGGCAUGCGUGGGCUCGCGGCGCUGUUCGUUUGCCAUUGUCACUAUUUCUACGGCGCGUAUCAGAUAGCAACGGGCUGGGGCCAGGACCAUGCGAACUACGACUUCUGGAGGUUGCCUUUCGUUCGCCUGCUAUACGCUGGACCGACCAUGGUCUGUGUCUUCUUUGUUGUUUCCGGGUACGCGUUGUCCCUGAAGCCCAUGAAGCAGAUCCGCGGGCGCGCGUGGGACGGACUGUCGCAGACCAUGGCGUCGUUCACGUUCCGGAGGGCCUUCCGGCUGUACCUGCCGCCGACGGUCUCAACCCUGACGAUCCUGGCGUUGGUGAGGCUGGGCGCGUACGAGGGCACGCGUGAGUUUGCCGGGGACCCGGAAUUCAUGCGCAACGUGAUGGAACCGCAUGGCGUCGACCUGGAGCCGACGACCUGGCUCCAGCUCAAGUCCUGGGGUUGGGACUGGUUCGAGUUCGUGCAGGUUUUCGGCAAUGACCGCUUCCCAUACGACGUUCAUCUUUGGACUAUCCCGCUGGAAUUCCGCUGUUCCAUGGUCUUGUUCUUGACGUUAUUCGGCACUUCGCGGCUGCGGACGGGCGCCCGAUUCUUCGUCGUAGCGCUCCUGGCCUGGUUCGCCUUGAGAUAUAACCACUGGGGCAUGGUGCUUUUCUUUGCCGGGGUGAUUUUCGCCGAGCUUGAUCUCAUCCGCGGCGUCUUCGAGCCCGCCCCUAGUAGCACGACGCACCGGGGUGCCUUCCUACCGGUUGACGAGGAGCAAAUGAAGAAGAACGUUUCAGGCUCAUGGUCACAGCUCGGCAGCAAGGUGAUGACAGGAGCUUGGACACUUACAGGCGUUUUGGCACUCUACCUGAUGUCGGCGCCCGAUUCGGGCUGUGAUGCAACGCCCGGGUACAUGACCUUGGGGUUAUACAUACCAGAGUGGUUCGACGAGAAAUACCGGUGGUGGCAAGCCUGGGGUUCCAUCCUGUUUGUAUUCUGCACAGCUCGGUCGCCUCUCUGGCAGCGCUUCUUCACCACGCCCGUCGUCCAGUAUUUCGGCCACAUCAGUUAUGCCAUCUACCUGGUCCACAACUUCGCGAUCCACACCUUAGGGUACGCCGUCCAGCAGUGGGCAUUCUCCCUGACGGGCACCGAGCCUGGGAUGUUCAAUAAUGGCGCCGCAUUGGCCGCCGUGAUCAACAUCCCGAUUGUGAUCUGGGUGGCGGAUAUUUUCUGGAGGGCUGUUGAUGCUCCGAUCGUGCGGUUCACGAAGUGGCUGGAGGGGAGGUUGAUUGUGCAGGAGUGA